AUAUGAAAAAACAAGGAUUAACAAUCUAUGGUGAUUUUGUGCCAUUCUGCGAGGAGACAGACUCAUCUGAGACUAAAGAAACCAAUGAUUCCAAAUAUGCGGGUGGAAGAAAGGAUUGCACUCGAUUGAAGAAAUUUAUGAAAAUAGUACGAAAAAGACAAAAGCCAGUCUAUAGCUCAAAUCUAACUCAUCUAGAAAUUUCACACUACCGCUAUCUUUCGGAUAAAAAAAUCAAAGGCAUUGUGUGCUUGUUCCCAAAUAUAGUUCAUUUAGAUUUUAAUUUUAGCACAGGGUUUAGCGAUAAAACACUAAAUCGAAUAGCAGAAUCAUACCCCAAUCUGAAGUAUCUUAAUUUGCAAAAGGACGAGUAUGUAUCCUGUAAUAUGGGCAUAAUAACUGGUAAAGGUCUAUAUGCAAUUGCCCGAUCAUGCCAUAAAUUAGAAUAUCUAAAUAUUUCUCAUCGCACAGAUAUUUGUGGACAAUCAAUUUGUAAUGUUAUUCGUUCUUGCCCAAGGCUCCAACAACUCGACCUUGGCUUUUGUGGAAUUAGCGAUAUAACUAUUGAAGAAAUUGCUAGAUCAUGUCCUAAUUUAAAAUAUCUUAAUCUGAGAGGGUGUUAUAAAAUUAGUAAAGAAGCCGUAGAUCAGCUCGUUUCACUUAAUCCAAAUAUCAAUAUCGAGAAUUUCGUGGAUACUAUAACGCCUCCUGAUUUUAUUAGCGCAUUUAGAGAUUAUCAGGUCCCUUUGAAACCUCUUGUACAGCACAAUGUUGCUAAUAAUCAGUAUUUAGCUCAGAACCUUUUAUCUCUAUGUAUGCGGGAUAGUUUGCAGUGGUAUUCCGAUCCAGGGUUGGUUGACUGGAACAACAGGCCGGAAUGGUGA